GCUCCUCCAUUUUGAUGAAACAGCGAGGAGCGGAGCGCAGCCGUCUGGAUCACCGUCAUGGAUUACAAGGAUUAAACUCGAAGAUUCAUCUGGAUACGUCGUUUUUUUUAUUUUUGCGGAGGCGCCUACACUGGGAUAAAGGAGGGAUCUCGGCGUUGCCGACUGCGUAACCGGUGGAUUUUGGCGUAUUUUUGUUGACAGCAUUGUUAGCAUAGCCGCGUUAGCUUUUGUUAGGCCACGGUUAGCUGUUAGCAGGACGGCGAGGCGGUCGGCUUGAGCUUAUUUAACAUUUAUUCAUUGCGUUGCGGUUUCACAGGGACUUUUUUUUUUAGGUUACACAGUGAUAGCGUUAAAUUUUGUGGACUUCCUAUGCAUUUCUGUGGACUUUUUUUGUGUGGCUCGGUAGUCAGAGUAACGAACUGCACAACGAGCGGCUAAAAGACUCGUUCUCGCCCCGGGAAGGGCCAGGCCCGCCGCUGCUCGGCUUUCCCAACCAAGGACAAUUCACGGUGGACUCGGCCUCAUUCAUUCACACCCAUGUAACACGGGUCACUCUGUGCUUCAUGGACUGCUUUGGAUUUGAAGGCACCCUGGUGUGUUUUCUCGGACUUUAAGAACUGACAGGCCUCACGGCGCAGCUCAAUGGCGCUCUGGCCUCACGCUAUUUUUCCCUGCCUGUCUUAAAGGACUCUGUCGACAUCUGCCAGCUCAGUCUUUCCCCUACUCUAGACCUUUCUUUGUCCAGUGUUUCAGCUGCUAUACAGAAGGUUUAACUAUUAAAGUCACCAGAUUUAGCCCUUUGUGUUCAGUGUUGACGCCUUUAUUUGGUUACUUCAGGCCUGUGUUAUUUCCCCCUUUGUACUUGGUUGAUACGUGCUUAAGACCUGUUAAAAAAUGUCGUGUGUUCACUAUAAGUUUUCUUCCAAAUUGGAUUACAACACAGUCACUUUCGAUGGGCUGCAUAUCACACUCAGCGAGCUUAAAAGGCAGAUUAUGGCCCGGGAGCGCCUCAAGGCCACAGACUGCGACCUGCAGAUCACCAAUGCGCAGACUCGAGAAGAAUACACUGAUGAUGAAGCCCACAUCCCAAAGCACUCAUCUGUCAUCGUCCGCCGGACUCCGAUUGGAGGAGUUAAGCCUGCUGGCAGGACGUUCAUAGUAGAUCGUUCUGACACAGCAGUGGUGGGAUCAUCUAGACCCACGGAUUCUUCUCCUUCUUUGUCUCUCGCCGAACUCACCAAGAUUGCUAACCUGGUCGAUGCAAAUGCAUCGGAAGACGACAAGAUUAAAGCCAUGAUGUCUCAGUCAAACCAUGAAUAUGAUCCAAUACAUUACUCCAAAAAGGCAGUCGGGCCUCCACCUGCUCACUAUACAUGCUAUCGUUGUGGAAAGGCGGGCCAUUACAUUCGCCAGUGCCCCUUGCUGAUGGUGCAGGAUAAGAGUGUGGAGGGGACUAAGCCAGUCAGGACCAGUAAGGGCAUCCCCCAGAGCUUCAUGGUGAAAGCAGAGCCAGGCACCAAAGGAGCCAUGUUAACCAACACUGGAGAAUAUGCAAUACCUGCUAUAGACGCGGAGGCAUAUGCCCAAGGAAAGAAGGAGCGGCCUCCCUUUGUCCCACAUGAACAGUCUUCCUCUGAGGACGACACAGACCCGAUACCAGACGAGCUCCUGUGUCCGAUCUGUAACGACCUGAUGACGGACGCUGUGGUGAUUCCCUGCUGUGGAAACAGCUACUGUGACGAUUGUAUCAGGACGGCCUUGUUGGACUCGGAGGAGCACAUCUGCUUCACAUGCAAACAGUCCGACGUCUCUCCCGACAACCUCAUCGCCAACAAGUUUCUUCGUCAGGCUGUCAACAACUUCAAGAAUGAGACUGGAUACACCAAACACGUGCGCAAGCAGCUGCAGCAUGCGGCGCCGCCUCCACCGCGCCCCCAGCUGGUCAGGCCCCUGCUCUCCAGGCAGCAGGACCCGCUGAUGGCCAACGUCACCCCACCUCCCUCCACAAGCGCACCCGCCCCUACCCCUCAAGCGCAAGCCCCGCCCCCUGCACCUGCAUCCACUGCUGCAGCUGCUAGCACGGCUCCGCCUCCUGCUUCUGCUCCCACGCCUCCUCACGCCGCCUCUACUGAGGGACAGGAUGGAUCGCCAGCACCUGCUCCGGCUGUGGACCGCCACUCCCCCGCACACUCUGGCAACCAGGGUGAACCACCCCCACCAGGCGAGACGGAUCCUGAACCUACAGUGACGCCCGAAUCGUCGGGAGCCUCAGAAAGUGGCUCGCAGCAGAGUAGCUACAAUUUGCCUGUGAAUUUCCAUCCCCCUGCUGUCAGGCCACCUCAUUCAUCAGGCCACCAGUCACGACCCAGCCACUCGCACAGAGGAGGAGGCAGGCAUUGGUAUAGGAAUAGAGGAGAGCACCCGUCGACCCGCCUCCACACGGCGCCGCCUCCUGCACCUGCUCCUCCUGUGUACCCCUCCCCAGCCCUUUACGUACCCCCUCCGCAGCCCUACCUACCACCGUACACCUCCGGCCCCGGUCUCAUCCCUCCCCCUGCCCUCAGUUACCAGCCCCAGCCAGUUUAUGCCCCUGGACCGCCGGGUCUUAACCCCCCCUGGAUGCCCCCAGGUGCUCAGCCCCCACUUGUUCCCCUUCCGCCUUCUCUCCAGCAACCCCCCCUCUCAAAAGAAGAUUUCUACAGGCAGAGACAUCACCGACAAGACAAAGUCACGUCCAAACUGGAUGAAUUCACAAAGGACUUCCAUAAGGAGCUCAUGAAGUACAGGAAUGCGCCAAAGCGACGAAGACCGUCUUAUUCCAGGUCCCGAUCAUACAGUCGCUCUCCAUUCAGCCGCUCUCCUUACUCCCGUUCCAGAUCGAGAUCGAGGUCUCGAUCAAGAUCCAGAUCAUACUCUUAUUCCCCAAGUCGGUCCCGGUCCCGCUCUCGCUCCCACGGCAGGUCUUACCCCCGCUCUCCUUUCUCCCGUCGCAACGGUCGCAGUUACGGGCGCUCGAGGUCAAGGUCUCGCUCUCGUUCGAGAUCCUACGGUUACCGGCGCUCCGGCUCACCGCGGUCCCCUCCGUCAUACCGCGGAGCGGGCUGGGAAGGCGCAGAAGGAGCCGGGACCUACAGGUCAAGAUCACGGUCUCGGUCGCCCGGUGGCUUCCGCAGCCGCAGCCCCGGCAGCCGGAAGCCGCCGCCUCGGGAUCUGGUGCCUUAUGAGCUGAAGGGUUCAAGCCCGGGAAGCCAUGACCGCUGGGAGAGGGAACGGUAUCGCCAGUGGGAGAAGGAGUACGCAGACUGGUACAACAAGUACUACAAGGACUACGAUAACCAGCAUCCUCCACUGCACCACAGAGGCCACGGCAGCAGGGACAGAGAUAGAGACCGACUGUCGCCGGCGUCUCGAGAUUACUCACCACACGGGAGGGGAAGAAGAGGGAGAGAAGACAGGGGGAGUCUUCCUCACCAUCCCCCGUCCUCUUCCUCAUCAGGGGCAAAAUCCAGCAGUAAAGUCCUGAAAUCCAAAAAGGUCAAAAAGAAGAAGACGGACGACGCUGAGACGUCUCAGCAGUCGAUGGACAGAGGCGACGCUACUCCCGUCAGAGACGAACCGAUGGAUGAAAUACCGUCACAAAGCAAGACGCCUCCCAUUUCCUCCAGGCCCCCAGUUGGUGCUGCAGUCUCUAAAGCUCCGGCCUCCAAAAGCUCUAGUGUCCCCAAACCUUCCACCAAGUCCACAACCAAGACUCAGGCUGACAAAACAAAGAAAGAGAAAACUCCAAAGGUAAAAGCUAAAGUCAAGACGGAAAGCGUGAAAGCGAAGAGUGAUAAAGUGAAGAAGAAGACUGUGGAAACGGUGGUGAGCAAGAAGAAAGAGUCCUCUUCAUCGUCAUCAUCCGCCACUAAACCGUCAAAGACCAUCAAGCCCAAACCAGAAGAUACCUCUACUUUGAAUAUGCCCAGAAAGGACAAGAUGAAAAGCUCUGCCGGGAGGCCUCCGUUGAUAAAGACCCCUCCUCUGUCCUCCCAGAACCUGCCGCUACCUCACCCCUCUCUUCACGAUCUGCCCCGACCCGGACACGACAUGCGGGGAAGGAGAGACCUCCCACCAGGCGGCGGCCUCCUCCCACUCCCUCUUCCGCUUCCUCUUCCUCAUCCACACGUAGUACACCCCCACGCACAUCCCCAUGGACCGUUGCACCUCCAUCGUCCCCCGUCCCCGGUAGACGGCCGGAGGAGGAUGGACGAGGGCCGCUCUCUACUUGGACCUCCUCCUGGGAAGCUGAGGAGGAUAGACGGCCUGGGGGCCGGAGUCGAUGUCCUGCCCCUCCCUCAUCUGCCUCACCAGCCGCCUCUGCACAGACUCCCCCCCUCCUGCGACCGGCCGAGCUUCGUCCCACUUCCGGGGAGCCGUGACCUCAGCCGGGGAGACACAGACCGAGGAGCUAUCAAACCUCUGAUGGACAUUGAGUUCAAGCCGGUGAGGAGGAUCAAGCUGAACAGAGACCUGGGGGGAAGGGGCAGCACUGAGUCCAUGGCAUCAGACAGACAUCUGCCUGGUCCUGAGAGGACGUCUUCCAGCUUAGAUCGAUCAGCCCCCAGCGUCGGCGACGGAGACCGGCUCGGCAGCACAGCUGAAGGAGCUGGGCGAAAGGAGAGAUCGGCAUCGGAAGAACGGACCGUUUCCAGAGAGAGACCGAGCAGUGCUGGAGAAAGACAGCACGGCUCGGACAGAGACCAGGACAGAAGCUCGGGGACAGACAGAGAUCGAGACAGACCCUCUGGUUCUGACAGAGACCGAGAUAGAGAGAGGGAGCGAGAAAGAGACAGAGACAGGGGUCUGGGGUCGGACAGGGACAGGGACAGAGACAGAGACCGGGACAGGGACAGGAGCUCGGGGUCCAGCUCACAGAAGGUGGUGGAUCGAUUGGAGAGGGAGACCGACAGUGAGCGGUUAUCUAGGACUGAGCGAAAGACCUCCAGUGGCGGAAGUGGAGGAGCGAGGUCGGUCAGUCUGGAUAAAAUGACCAUCGGAGAGAAAUCGGCCAUCACAAGGAAACUGGCAGACCAUCAAGACAAACCCAGCACGUCCUGGAAGGAGAGAGGGGAGGGCUCGGAGAGAGCCGGCAAAUCUGACAGGAGUGUGUCCAAGGACAGAGCGGAGAGGAGCUUGCCCUCGGGAGAGAAACCAGCUUCCUCUCACAGAGACGGCGCCAAAGACGGUCAGGAAGCUUCUGUGAAACGUAAACCCAGGAUCAGUCGGAAGGUUCUGACAAGCCACUCCGCCAGCUCCUCGAGCAGGUCGUCUCAAGAGACCAAACAAGACUCUGAGAAAGACCAGAAGAGUGUGUCCUCCAAGCCCGCAGAGCCGGCCCCGUCCAGCCCCGUCAGCAGCCGCGUCCGCAGCCCGUCGGUCAGCCCCACCGUCAGCCCCCUCCGAGAGGAGCCGCUCAUUCAGGCCCCCCCUCGCUCCAAGUGGGAGAGAGAGGACGACGAGGAGGGCCAGGAGAACGGACUGAGCGCGCCCAAAGAGCCGUCUCCCGUGCCGCUCAAGCCCCGAGGCAGAGAGGCGCCGCACGAAGCUCCGAAACUAAUUAGGAGCGAAGGCAGGGAGGAGAGGAGAGGGGCGGCGAGGGAGGAGAAGAAAGGUAGAGCGCCGCGGGAGGAGGGGAAGAGCAGCAGGACGGCACACAGCAACCCGGACAAAUCCACCAAAACAAAACCGGCGAAAGAGGAGAGCAGGGGGCCGCGGGACGACGGCAGAGCCGCCAGGGAGGAGGAGAAGAGGGGGGCGGGGAGAGACGAGGGCCGAGGAGCCACGGCCAAGGAGGAGAGGUCCGGCGACGGCCGGAGCGGAGGAGGACGAGAGGAGAGCCGAGGCCCGGAGCCCCGGAGACAGCGCCUCUGCUCGGACCUGGCCCGCGAGACGGACGAGGCGGCCUUCGUGCCCGACUACAGCGAGGGCGAGGGCUCCGAGCCGGAGAAGGGGCGGAGCGACAGCAACAGCCCGUCGCUCAGCCAGCCCUCCAACAGCCCCACCCCGAGCAACCGCAGCGGCUCGGCCAACACCACCGCCGACAAGAAGAAGAAGAAGAAACACAAGAAACACAAAAAACACAAGAAGCACAAGAAGCACGACGGCCAGGAGAAGGAGGGCCAACACAAGGAGCACAAGCACAAACACAAGAAGAAGAAACACAAAAAGAGCAAGGACAAAGACGCCGAGGGCGGGGAGGAGGAGGAGAAGGUGGAGAAAGCCGAGGAGGCGCCGUGCUAGCAGGCGCCGUGCUAGCAGACGCCGUGCGCGAACUGUCAGGAAGAAGAGGACGAGGAUGUCUGAGUGACUCGCGCUGGCGUCCUGCUUCGUGCAGCACUCAAGAGGACAGACCGGGUCUCAGAGCCGCCCGCUGCAGCCCCCCACUAAUCCACCCGCCCCCAAACAGUACUCACCGCUCUUCAUAUUUAAUGCCGGCCUCUUCGCUCACUUCAGGUCAGGAAGUGAUGAGGCCGAGCGGCGCCGCUGUGAUCAAACCGAACCUGACCAGUAAUCACUUGAUGGUAAUAAGCGAUCACACAGCGGCGGGCCGUAAUGACAGAAAUAACACUGUACUCAGGGAUGUGAUUGCUUCUUUGUGGAGGAGGAAUUGCUUUUCCUCUGCGUGUGAUUCAUUUGUAAAUAGAAAUUUUGGUUCAUGAAAUAAUCUCUUCUUUCUUUUUGUUCACAUCCCUGUUUGCCGUUCGAGGCUUUAAUCUGGAGUAGCCUUCAUUGCUGUGAUCUCUCUCUGAAGGACUCUGCAAGCACUUUUGCACGUUUUAGCGCAUUUACUGCAAAAUACAGUUUCACUCAUUCAUAUCCUCCUUUCAUUGUAAAUUUCUGUGGAUUUAGUUCAUGCCUCUACAGCUUUUGGUUCAGUCCUAAAGUCGUCAAAUGUCAUUGGAAAGACAGCGUAUCUAAAUGUUAAGUUUUACUUAGUCGAUUUCUUUCUUCCUCCAAUCCAGCAGCUAACAGGAUAAUUGUUAAUAUCUUUAAAAGCAAAGCGUUUGUGGACUAACAGGCUAAAACUUACGGAAUCACUCGAUGCUACACUGGAUCUCACACAUCUAGGAUGUUUGUUGCUUAAAGAUGAGUCGGUCUGCAUGUUUUUGUUCAGACGUGCCGUAGCGGUCAGUGAGUGAGUGAAUGUGUUUC